AUGGCUAAAAAUAAUAAGCACACAUCUGAAAAACAAAAAAUACCCGCCAAAAAAGAUGCCAAUAUCAAAAAGGCUACUCACAAAAGACGUGUAAAGGGAACAUCCGAAGUGGAUAAUCCUAAAUAUGCCAAUAUGGAUUUCAUGCUGAGUCUGGUGGAAUCUGCAGCAAAGAAGGAAGAUGAGAAAGUCAAUAAGAAAUUGGCUAAAAAGGCACUAGUUGCAAAGAUCAUUGAAGAGAAGGAUGCCAAGAAAGAUCAGAAAGCAGAGGAAAAGAAGGCCAAAUUAGAAAAAGUAAAGCAGGCUUAUCUUGAAGCACAAAAGAAGAAAAAGACUGAAGCAAGAAAGCUAAAAGCAAAAGCAAAGAUGGAGGCUGCUCGUGCAAAAUUACAGCCUGCGGUGCCGGAAAAGAAAAAGAAAAGUGUUAGAUUUGCAUAA